AUGAAAACUAAAAAAGAAUCAAAAGUGUCAAAUAUUUUAUCAAAAAGAAAUAUUUAUAUAAAUAAAUCUCAAAAUGCAAAACAUUUAGAUAUUAAAAAAAACGCAGAAGCAGAUAAACACAAUUUUACAACAUCCAAGGCUUUCGAAAUUCUUAUAAAUUUACUAGAACCUGAAAAACAUGAACAAAAAAAAGUAACAAAUAAAAAUAACAAAGAAAAAAGAAAAAUUAGCAACUUAAUAUAUGAAGAUAUAAAAGAACAAAAUAAAAUUCAGAAGUUAAACAAGAAAGUUAUUUCCCAAUCUAACUUAGAAAGUAGCGAUUCUGAUAUUUGUGAAAAUAAUAUUGAUCCAUUUUACCAUCAUUAUCAAUCUCCAGAUGAAGAAAAACUAAAUUCAUUUGUAGAAAAAGCGGCUAAAAAUAAAUGGAUAAUAGAAAAAAAAGAAAUAAUAGAAAUAGGAAAGUUAGUUCAAUAUAGACUUUCAGAAACAGAUAAUUUUGGGAUUAAACUUAAAAUUUUAACCCCAGAUAUUAACAAUUUCAAGAUAAAAAAAAGUUUAAAAGAAUCAUUUUUUAAAUACCAAUCAAUAUAUCAUGAAUCAAAUACUUUAACAAAUAUACAAAACAUUUCAAUAACUCCAAUAUUUUUAUAUCAAGAUUUUCUAUUUACUUAUUUAAACUAUAACAACAAAAAGGAAUUAAGGUCUUUAUAUACUUUGCAUAUUUUGAAUCAUAUAUAUAAAACUCGACAUUAUAUAUUAAAAAAUAAUGAAAAAUUAAAUCAUUCUCAAAAUCCAGAAAUAGAAUAUAGAGAUCAGGGAUUUACAAGGCCAAAAAUUUUAAUUUUACUUCCAACAAAAAAUUCAUGCCUUGAAGUUGUACAAACUAUUAUUAAUAUAUCUAAAACAGAACAACAAGAAAAUAAAAAGCGAUUCAUUGAUGAAUAUUCUAUAGAACUUGACAAUAUAAAUCAAUCUAAGCCCGCUGAUUAUAAAGAUUUAUUUAUUGGAAAUACCGAUGAUAUAUUUCGACUAGGAAUAAAAAUUACUAGAAAAACAUUAAAAAUAUUCUCAGAAUUUUAUAACUCAGAUAUAAUUCUUGCAAGUCCACUGGGACUACGUCUGUUAAUAGACGAAAAAGGCAAAAAAAAAAACCGAGAUUAUUUAUCGUCAAUCGAAAUAACUAUUAUUGAUAAUGCGAAUGCUUUACAAAUGCAAAAUUGGGAACAUGUUUCAUACAUUUUUGACAAUUUAAAUGUGUUACCUAAUGAAGCUCAUGAAUGUAAUUUUAGCAGGGUUAGAAACUGGUAUUUAGAUGGAAAUUCCAAAUUCCUACGUCAAACCCUUAUUUUUGCACAAUAUCUAACUCCCGAAAUAAAUUCAUUAUUUAUAAAUUAUCUUUUUAAUAUUAGUGGAAAAAAUAAAAUCAAACAAACUUACAAGGGGUCUAUUGAAGAUGUAGGAUAUAAAAUAAAACAGAUAUUUCUACGAUUACAUUCAUCCGAUCCAUCUAUAGAUCCAGACACGAAGUUUUCAUAUUUUAAAACAUCUAUACUACCAAAUAUCGUAAGAUCGGAAGGAAACGGAUUCCUUAUUUUUAUACCAUCGUAUUUCGACUUCGUUAGAAUACGUAACUAUUUAAACAAAGAAGAAGUAUCUUUUACUUUUAUAUCUGAAUACUCUUCAAAUUCCGAAGUAUCAAAAGCAAGAUCAUAUUUUAAUACGGGUAAUAAGAAGAUUUUACUAUAUACAGAGCGCGCACAUUAUUACCGAAGGUACAACAUAAAAGGAGUAAACACUCUUAUAUUUUAUUCAUUGCCGGAAAACUCUCUUUUUUAUCCAGAAUUAAUUGGAUUCAUGCUUGAAACACAAAAAGGAAAAAACUGCAAUAAACAUAGUAAAGUAUUAUUUUCGAAAUGGGAUGCCUUAAAAUUAGAAAGAAUUAUUGGAUCAAAAAGAAUUAACUUAAUGUGUCAUGGAGCUAAUGAUAUUUUUGCAUUUCUGUAA